ACGUAAUAACAUUCUGUGCGGUCGAGUGUGUAUGCAAAGUUUUACGUGUAGAAACAGAAAUCUUAUAAAAUGGCAUAUGUUAGUCACGUUGCGGGACCAACGCGUUGCUUUGACCAUGUUUACGAUCCCAUAUAUGAGGCGUCCAGUCAAAGAGAUGUGUGGAGGGCCAGCAUACAAGCUAUUCAAAAAUCUGCUCCAAUUCAGAUCACAUCCAUCUAUCAGACGAUGUUCAGCGAUAUGCCGAAUAGACCAGGAUAUUAUUGCUGGAAGCGCCAGAAUCCUUUGCCACAUUUCGCACACCCUGGAGAUAUAAAGUUGAAGAGUAAUUAUAUUCAAAGGAUAGAACAUGGAAAACCAAUAUGCAUUGAAGGAGCAUGCCGGUGUAACUUCUUCCACUACCCACCUGAUUGUGUGAAGACGUUAAACCUUCGAUUAAGCAUUCCUCGUGAAUGUGAAUGCGUAGAACCACCGAAAAAUAAAUAUGAAUCUGUUGGUUGCCAGACCAUUUAUCGAGAAUCAUCUGCCCAGACGAAACCAUAUCUUCCGGAUUAUUGUGUGCCUGAAGGUGAGCCUGAAACACCAGAAGUUGCCCGAAUUGCUAACCUAAUUACAGGCAAUGAACCUCCUGGAGAAUUUGAAACACAAAUUAUCGAAAGGGCACGAAGGCGACGACAGUGGGAAAAAGAGCUGCCGCCUACGGGAUCCCUAAAAGAAUGGGACCAGCGACGAACUAUCAUAGAAGCCUUCGAAUGGGAAGAGUUUGUAGCUCGCGAAGAGGAUAUUCAAGAGAUGCAAGAACUUCGGAUGGAACUGGUGAGAAAUCUCGUUGCGGAUAGGGAAACGAGUCUGCGGGCUUCAUCAGCAACUAAAUUACAACAUGCAGCUGCUCGCAUUGAGGACGAACGAAAACAAAAAUUAAAAAAAUUAAAUCAUAAAUUUGCACGGGAAAUGAGAAAGUUGGAAUUGGCACGAAAAAAUAUCCCUAGAAAAUAUAAGGUUGAAAAUAUAGUUAAGGAACAUAUAGAUCAAGCGUCUGAUCUAUAUGCACCCCAAAUGCGAUUUGGAAUACAUCCCAAACGACUGCAUUUCGUUCCAUUUAAAAGUUCCUUCCAAGCUCGGUUAGAAAAUUUGGAGUUAGACAGAGUUGAUCCGAAGAAAGUGAAGUGCACCAUCAAAAAAUACAAUCGUUUGGCGGAACCGAAAGGAACGAUAACCGAAAUCGAAAAAGGAUUCAAUAACGAUGAACAGUUAACUAAGCUAUAUGAAACAUUGAAGACCCUAAGGAAUUCUUCUAAUAUAGACAAGAGCUUGCCCAGUUGCCUAGAAAGAGUUCAUAAAGAAGCAAUUGUUGCUGCUGAGACUCCCAUCGGUCCCUCGGAGGAUUUGUAUGAAAUGUCAGAGACUCAUUGUUGCAUAUAUUUGCAAAAGAUAAUCAAGGGUCGAGCUGUUCAGAAAAUUCUGUACAACGGGCGAGAUAGAUCUCGUGGGCUUAUUGAGGAAAUUCAAACAACUCAUAUGCUAUCUGCGGUUAGUGCUAUGUAUCCUGGACUGUCGAAUGAUACAAUCCGUGCUAGAUUGCGCGUACAGUCUCAACAGAAACGAUUCGCACAAAUGGUUCAACACGAUAAACAAAGUCAAGAAAUAUACAAAGAAUCGGAAGCCAGUACAAUUGGGGUCCUUUUGGAAUUUCUUGAAAAAGAACUUCGUCGUAUGUAUGAGCAACGUAGAAUUCAAGCUCUUUGCUUACUAGCGGAAAGGGAACGAAUGAAACGAGAAGCAGAAGAAGCUGGAAGGCGGCAGACCGAGAAUCAACGUAGGCAAGAAACUGAAGAAAUAUACAGGAAUCUAAUGAAAGCCUCGCAAGAUACAGUUAGUAUGUUUUUGGAAAAUGUGCUUAUGGAGGAGACAGAUAAAGUAGCGGAUGAAGAUGCUAGGAAAAGGAUUCAACAAAUGGCCAGAAAAAUCGACCGAGAAGUUCACAAAUCAGUGAAUAAUAAAUGCCAGACAAUAGUUUCAGGAACAAAUGAGGAUAUUAUCAAUGAUUUGGUCAAAAACUUCGUUUUUCCUGAAGUACAGAAGCGAAUUGCACGCCAUAAUAUGGAGUUGAGAAGACAGCGCCAUUUACUAGCUGCCCACGAGACUUUAUAUGGACAUGUAGAAAAUAUAUUCUAUACCCCUACCCCGCGACCAUCGGAAUCAAUAAUAGCAAGUCACAUCCUUAACAACCUCAUUGACAAAGUACUCUCUUGCGACAGUUUCCUAUCUAAAAUUGGGCGCCAUGAAAAUGUUGCCAGGCAUGAAGCCAUGGCAGCCAUAAGAAAGAUUUUAAAGCGAAUGUUCCCUGAGCGUAAGUGGAAAACGUCCGCUGAACGCAUUGUAAGUGCCACAAUUAGUGGACUUAUAAAUGAUGCUUCUGCGGAGAAUCGGAAGGAGCUAAAAGCAACCCCUAAAAUUUCGGAACAUAAAUGGCUCAAAGGAAUCAUUGAAGAUAUAAGUAACAGAUUGUGGCAGCACGCUUACGCAGAGUUUAAUGAGCUCGGUGACCAUGCAGGAGAACAGGAAAAGACAACAGAUGAAUUAAUAAACUAUCUCGAGGAUAAACUAAAGCCAGUAUAUAUUAAAUAUAAACUUGGUGAAAUGGACGAAAACUUUGAGGAAGAGAGUUCAAAUGACGAACUGAUGAUCCCUUUUGAAACCCUAGAGCCACAUUUUUUCAAUAUGCCAAGCGACACGGAGGAUGAUAUUGGAUUUCUCUCAAAAUCAGGCGUUGGUGAAGAUGAAGUGGCUAUUUUGAACGAGGGACAUGAAGAAAGUGUGCACAGAAAGUCUAGUGCAGUUUUGAGAAAACGUGAAGAUAAUCAACGAAAAGUAAGAGAUUCUGUCGCUCGACCUUCCUCCGAAGAUAGUUAUUCACCUAGAAAUAAGGAUGAGGAAUUUAACGAGAAAAUUAACAGUGAACUGGUGUCAAAUUCACAGUUACGUUUGCAUGGGGAAGCGGAUCAGAGCAGCGAUCAUACUACUUUGGAUUUUCCGGGUUCUGUGCAGCCUAAAACACCUUUGAUGUUGGGUUCCAUUGGUAGCACUACCGAAGAGGGCCCUGAUUCCGAAAAAGGGGACGGGACUUGGAUUAAGCCAAAAGAAGAAGAAAAGGAAUAAAUCUUGUCACAAUAAAAUCAAAAUCUCACGUAAGCACGCAUAUAAAUAUUGAAUGAUCGGGUAAAAUUACUGCGUCAAAAUUGAAAGAAAUUUUUUUUGUGUCCCUUGUCUACAGUUUUCAUCCACCAUAUAUGUGUUUCGUACCA